AGCCUUCAGAAGGUUACAGAGUUGUGGCGUCUGAAAGCGUCACCUUUUCCAUGCGACUUUCGCCUUUCAAGCCGAUAAAGAGAGCAGAUGAGCAGGACAUCUUCAUGUGACAAACGUGCUUCUUAUCCUUGUAACUCCACCGUCACACAUAAACAGACACAUGACCGCAAGUCAGAGUAACUAAAGCUUUGCGUACGAGCGCAGCAGAAAUGUCUGAGAGCAGCAAAGGAGAUUACUGAGCCACUCUCCUUUGGCUAUGAUAGCACGAUCGCUGGUGACGUGAGUCUGCUGCUCACAGAGUCCCUCUUACAUCUGAAGUCAGUAAGAGUCCCACUGUGACUCUGUGUGUGUGAGGAACUGACAACUGUACACCACCUUCCUUCACUCACCACAAUGCAUCUCACAGCAGAGAAGAUAGAGCUGGGGCUGAACCCACCGUUCGGGGACGGUGAUGAACAACCUCAACUGACAGUCGACAUGGAACCACAGACUGAGAAUGUCUUGGAAGAUCCUGUGGACAGAGGUGUAGAUUUGGUUUACUCUCUCAAUGACAGACCACCUUGGUACCUCUGCAUCCUGCUUGGCUUCCAGCACUACAUCCUUGCAUUUGGGGGCAUCAUUGCUGUCCCGCUGAUCCUCGCCGAGCCUCUUUGCAUACAGGACAACAAUGGGGCUAAAAGCCAGCUCAUCUCCACCAUCUUCUUUGUGUCAGGAUUAUGCACGCUGCUGCAAACGGCUGUUGGAACCAGAUUACCAAUUCUCCAAGGUGGGACUUUUAGUUUUAUCACUCCAACUCUGGCUAUUCUUGCUUUGCCUAAGUGGCAAUGCCCAAGCCCCAAAUCCCCUGCAAUGCUGUCUGUGCUGACAGCAAACGACACCCGUCUUCUGGAGGUGGAAGAGUCCGAUGAGGUGUGGAUGUCAAGAAUACGAGAGAUCCAAGGAGCCAUCCUGGUGUCCUCCCUACUCCAGAUUUUUCUGGGCUUGUCUGGGCUGGUGGGCUUUGUGCUGAAGUACAUUGGCCCCCUGGCAAUUGCUCCCACCAUCAACCUCAUUGGUCUUUCUCUUUUCAUUGAAGCUGGGAAGAAAUGUGGCGGUCACUGGGGAAUAGCUGCUCUCACGGUGUGUCUGAUCCUCUUAUUCUCCCAGUAUCUCAGCAAAGUAAACGUCCCAAUGAUUGCUUAUAAGGAGAAGAAGUGGAAAGUUUUCCAGUACCCACUCUUCAAGCUCUUCUCUGCUUUGUUCGGGAUGUGUGGCAGCUGGCUGGUCUGCUUCUUGCUGACCGUCUUUGACGUUUUGCCUUCAAAGUCUGAUCAGUACGGCUUUGCAGCAAGGACUGAUAUUAGCAUGGAUGCUGUGACGAACUCCCCCUGGAUUAACGUGCCAUACCCGGGUCAGUGGGGUGUGCCCACAGUGAGUCUGUCUUCUGUUCUGGGCAUGAUGGCAGGCGUCUUGGCAUCAACUAUGGAGUCCAUUGGUGAUUACUAUGCAUGUGCUCGCUUGUCUGGUGCCCCCCCACCUCCAACUCAUGCCAUCAACCGAGGGAUUGCUGUGGAAGGCAUCGGCUGUAUCCUGGCUGCAUUAUGGGGAACUGGGAAUGGCACCACCUCUUACAGCCAAAACAUCGCUGCACUUGGAAUAACCAAGGUUGGAAGCAGACUUGUUCUUCAGACCACUGGAAUUCUCAUGAUUGUUCUGGGGAUCUUUGGGAAGUUUGGAGCAGUAUUUAUCACCAUCCCAGACCCAGUCAUUGGAGGCAUGUUCCUGGUUAUGUUUGGAAUGAUAGCAGCUGUAGGGAUUUCUAACCUCCAGUACGUGGACCUCAACUCGUCUCGCAACCUCCUUAUCCUGGGCUUCUCCACUUUCAGCGGUCUUGUGCUACCCAGCUGGUUUCACUCCAAUCCUGGCAUCAUCGACACAGGAUUAAAGGAGCUGGACCAAGUGAUUGUGGUGCUCUUUACCACACACAUGUUUAUUGGGGGAUUUUUUGGCUUCAUCCUAGACAAUACAAUUCCUGGUACUGAUAAAGAAAGAGGGAUCAAGAACUGGCAAGACAAGGUUCAAGAGGAAAUGAAUAGUUCAUGUGACUUGUCGUGCUAUGAUAUUCCUUUCUGCCACAGUGUUUUCAAACGGUUGAAAUGUUUUCAGUAUCUGCCCUUCCUUCCUUCUUACAAAAACACAAAGGAGAGAGUAUCCAAGUAGGAAGGUUUUCAGCUUUUCAACAAGGCCAAAUGAUGGUGGAAACAUCUUGCAUUCAAAAAACAUUCCUUUUAUGUAUUUUGGGCACAAACAAGGACAGUGUAUAAUGUUACAGUACUGCUUUGAUCUUAUCGUUAUAGUUAAAGAAAAUGCAAUGUGGAUGAAUCAGAUUACAGUAUCGCCUUUCUGCUUCACCUUCUUUGGAAAAUGCUGCAGCAAAAAGCGUUUAGUGUUUUUAGUUUUCGCUUUACAUCCAGUAGAAAGGUGGGUGCUAUUUUUGAUGACAAAAAUGAAUGCUAGAUCCAAAUUUGUGAGAAGCAAAACUAACUCAUUUUUAAGUUGUAAUUUAGCUUAAAAAGCCCUUUUCACAUGAGUUUGGAGGGUUAGGCAUGAAAUGUACACAGGAUCAACCCUACCUCACUAAGAGGAGGUCCAACAGGAUCGGCAGGCAGUUUUACCAAAGAAGUGGUGCAACAUCUUCAAAAAAAUGCUUUGCACAUUCUUUUUUCAACACUCCUGCUUUAGGCUGUACGCCUCAUUCUUUUGAUCUGUCAUCUCUUAAUAGAGAUGAAAAAAAUUCCUUUUUCACCAUGCUUUAGGUAUUAUACAUUUUUGUUUGACGAUAAUUGUAUAGCAGUAUAGUAAAAUGUUGUUUUUAGUCUAGUUAUGGACUUGAGGCUUUUGUUAUUUAAAUUCAUUCUACUAAUAAAACUCUGAAAUGUAA